GACGUUGGUCCGGAAGAUGCGCGUGGUCAGAGUUAACAGGUGAAGUUCAGUUAGGAUUGGCCAAACGUUGACAGUGUGGAUUAGUGAGCUUCGUUUGAAAUCUGGUUUGGAUCUGGAAAGUUUUUCUGCAUCCAGUCAGCUCGGGAGUCUUCUUACCUGUCCUGUAAGGGACAAACUUCUCACUGAAGGUCUGAAAGGACUUCUAGUCGCAGCUGUAGCUCCCUCAGAAGGAUGCUGACGAGGCCACCUGUCCUUCUGUCUCUGGCUUUACUCGCCCAGGUGUUCAGGACCCAGGGCCGGCCUGCCAACGUCGGUGGAGAGCGCUCUCCCCACAGGCCGAUCAUGCAGGCCGGACUGCCAGCUGAUCGCACCGCGGUGGUGGGCAGCGACGUGGAGUUUGAGUGCAAGGUGUUCAGCGACCCUCAGCCUCACAUCCAGUGGCUGAAGCACAUCGAGGUCAACGGGAGCCGAGUUGGCCCUGAUGGGUUACCGUACGUCCGUGUCCUCAAGACCGCUGGCCUUAACACCACGGACAAGGAAAUGGAAGUCCUCCAACUGAGAAAUGUGUCUUUUGAUGACGCUGGGGAGUAUACCUGCUUGGCGGGCAAUUCUAUCGGGUUCUCUCAUCAGUCUGCAUGGUUGACCGUUUUGGAAGGAGACGGGCAGGGUAGGCAGGGGAGCCGGAGAGACGACAAGACGCGGCAAAGGGCCAAAAGCUGCGGUCGAAGUCGGGCCUCCAGGACCAAGACCAGACCCCAACACAAGGCUCCACCAGAGCGCUCUCCCCACAGGCCGAUCAUGCAGGCCGGACUGCCAGCUGAUUGCACCGCGGUGGUGGGCAGCGACGUGGAGUUUGAGUGCAAGGUGUUCAGCGACCCUCAGCCUCACAUCCAGUGGCUGAAGCACAUCGAGGUCAACGGGAGCCGAGUUGGCCCUGAUGGGUUACCGUACGUCCGUGUCCUCAAGACCGCUGGCCUUAACACCACGGACAAGGAAAUGGAAGUCCUCCAACUGAGAAAUGUGACCUUUGAUGACGCCGGGGAGUAUACCUGCUUGGCAGGCAAUUCUAUCGGGAUCUCUUAUCAGUCUGCAUGGUUGACCGUUUUGGAAGCUGAACCAGUGGUGCAGCCGUGAUGAUGUAUGACACCUGGUGUCCAAACCACUCUGUUUAUUCUUUGUUUUUCUUCUCCUGUCAGAAAUGUUUGUGUCUUGUUUUCCUC